AAACCUGCUUUUUCUUAUUCCCUCCGCAGCGCCAAACAAACUCUUAAAUACCCAAAUCCUAUUCGGGAUCUUCUCUAAAUUCACAAAACUAAAAACCCUAGAAUUUCUUAUUUUUCUCGAUAGCCAAAUCCUAUUUGGGAUCUUGUCUAAAUUUACAAAAUCAAAAACCCUAGAAUUUCUAAUUUUUCUGAUUUCCAGGCAUGGGUAACACGGAGAAACUUUUGAAUCAGAUCAUGGACCUCAAGUUCACCUCGAAAUCGCUGCAAAGACAGGCCCGGAAGUGCGAGAAGGAAGAGAAGUCCGAGAAAUUAAAGGUCAAGAAGGCGAUCGAAAAGGGAAACAUGGAUGGGGCUCGGAUCUACGCCGAGAACGCUAUCCGCAAGAGGAGCGAGCAGAUGAACUACCUCAGGCUUGCGUCUAGGCUCGAUGCCGUCGUCGCUAGGCUCGAUACGCAGGCUAAGAUGACCACCAUUAACAAGUCCAUGGCCUCCAUCGUUAAAUCGCUGGAGUCUUCUCUAGCUACUGGUAAUUUGCAGAAGAUGUCAGAGACUAUGGAUCAAUUUGAGAAACAGUUUGUAAACAUGGAGGUCCAGGCAGAAUUCAUGGAGAAUGCAAUGGCUGGAUCCACCUCAUUAUCUACGCCUGAGGGUGAGGUCAACAACUUGAUGCAGCAAGUAGCUGAUGACUACGGAUUGGAGGUCUCUGUUGGGCUCCCACAGCCCGCUGCACAUGCGGUGGCAACCAAGUCGGAAGAGAAGGUUGAUGAGGAUGAUUUGUCAAGGCGUCUUGCAGACCUAAAGGCCAGGGGGUAAAAUAUGUAAUAGGAUCUGGUCUUAUGCCAAUGUGAUAUAUUGUUACAUUUCUACUUGGUGCUCUGGAUUAUGUUUGAUGGCGGAAACUUCUUGUGUAAAUUUGGAUAAAUUGAGAUUAAAGUUAUGUUCUAGACUCCGCAGGUUGAAUAUGAAUGGAAACUCAUUUAAUGAGUUGCUUAAAUCA